UGAUUUUUUUUACUUUUAACGAAAAUAGUGGGAGUGAUCUUGCGUACAAACAAUAACACGGAAUCGAGUUAAAGGGCGUUGCACAAAUGACAGUGUUUUGGCAGAAUGCCCGGGCAAGUUUCGACUACGUUUAGCAGUGUCUAGAAAGCCAAGUGCGCGACGCUAAGGCAAGCAAAACGCGAAGCGAAAACAAAACGCGGAAAUAGAAAAGUGAAGAAAAAAGAAACGUCCAAUCGCAGACAGCGAACUUUGGACACAGACAAUCGCAAACACAAAGAAAAACCGAGGAAAUGUCGGCGCAGCGUCUGAAUGCCGCGGAGCGGGACCUGGAGAAGUUCAUCAAGUUCCUGGUCCUGAAGUCCACCCAGGUGGUGGUGCAGUCGCGACUGGGCGAGAAGAUGCAGACGCAGUGCAACCCACUGGCGGGCAGCGACUGGUUCAACAUUGCCGUCCAUGACCAUCCGGAGGUCCUGGACGAGACCAAGCGGGCCCUGAACCUCAAGACCGGGGAGAGCAUCCUGCAGCGCCUGCCGCUGUGCGUGGAAAUCUCUCUGAAAACCGCCGAGGGCGACCAGAUGGUGCUGGAGGUGUGGUCCCUGGACCUCAUUCCACCCCAGAACGGCUCCUCCCCGGCCACUAACGAUCUAAGCCCCGAGGGCCAGACCCUGAAGGCAGCCCACGCCAUCUACAAUCGCAUGGGCAUCAUGCUCAAGUCCCUCAUCUCCCUGACCCGCACCACGCCCGCCUACAAGCUGUCCCGUCGCCAGUGCCCCGACUCGUACGGCAUCUUCUACAGGAUCUACGUGGACAGGCCGCAGGUCCACACUCUGGGCGAGGGACACAAGCACGUGAAGAUCGGCCAGCUGAGCACCAUAGUGGGCUCGCUGGUCAUGUCCGUGGCCUACCGCACCAAGCUGACCAUCUCGCCCACGGCCGCGCAGGCCGAGAGCAACACCAUCAUGCUGAAAUCCGAUCACUUUAGGCCCGCCACGGAUAACGGUUCGCCAGGUAACCAGCAGCAGCUCCUAAAUGGCACUGCUGUGGCCAAGAAACUCGGCUUGGGUGGGCUCAAUCCCAACCAGGGGUCGGCCGAUCGACGCUAUAUUGACAUAGAGAAGCCCCUGCGUCCCGGAGCCUUCGCUGAUAUGGGCAAGCUAAAGCAGUACACAGAGGAUGACUUCGUGCUGCCGGAAACACCGCCCUUUGAGUGGCUUUUACGGGGACGCGGCUCCGUGGAAUCCCUCAACCGCCUGGAUAACAACACAGCCCCCAGUGUGCUUAGCAGCAACAACAACAAUAACCCACAGGACAGUAAAUUUAACCCGAUCAGCAAUCUCAACAAUAACUCCACCGGUUUCAAGAGCUUCGAGAAGAACUCUGGCAACUCGGUGUCACCCAUCAAGAGCCUGCUGAUCCCGGCCAGCGUUACAGCUACGUAUCGCCACCAUUCGGAACCGGCGCUACAACCACCGCACGAUGAUGAUAAUCUGCUCAAGGAGCUGCACUUUCCCUUCGCCUCGCCCACCUCCCAUGUCAACGAUCUGGCCAAGUUCUACAGGGAGUGCUAUCAUGCGCCGCCGCUCAAGGGUCUCAACGAACUGCAGGCAGAGAUCUCUUCGAUUUCCUCGACCCCACCCGCCUCCAGUGGAUCCGGCGGAGGAGUAUCUUGUGGUCCAACGGCAGCGGCCACUGCGAUUGCAACCAGUGCCGCCGAUGCCAGCGCCAUGGAUGAUCUGUCCAGGCAGCUGGAGCAGUUCGAGACCUCGCUGGAGGACUACGACAAGCUGGUCUCGCAGUUCGGACUCACGGGCUCCUCGUCGACGGGCAGCCGCAGCAGUGGUGGCCUCCAAAUGAGCAACUGAGUGGAAUUGUACCCCUAGAAGUGUCAUUAGUUAGUUCUUAUUUAUAAAGGGGCGGUCAAUAUGCAGAGACGAAAGGAUAAUCUGAAAAAUCAAGGAAUAUUUUGAGAAAACAGCUUGGGAUUGUAAAGGUCUAAGGUUCAAUUUUUCUUGUAAGGUUUAUGCAGUGUUUUAAAAGUGGGUCAGGAAAUUAUACCAUGCUAGGGAACAUACUUUUUGUUAAGUACUUGGAUCAAAGUAUGGGUGUAAAACUGAAUGAAUGUUUUUAUUUUUACUAGCACAACCCACUUUCUUAUCAGCUAAUAAAUCCUUCAUAAUAAUCAGUAGUUUUUCAUGCAACUUUCCAAGAUAAAAUCGGAUUUUAGACCCACAGUUUUCCUUGAGCUCUUGCUUGAAAUUGUCCAAAGAUUGGCAACUAAAAAUGGGACCCGCCCCACUAUUUAUAUAUGCCAUUGUGUUAAGUUGAGUUGAUAGGCUGCUAUUUGAUAUUACCCUCUAUGUAAAUAGUAUAUAUAGGCUUUUGUAGGCUCUAGGUCCGUCUAAUUUGUACAUAGGAGUAGAGAGCUCAUGUCACGUUUCAAAGUUUCCGAUGCAGCAGUUUAGACUUUAGACACAAAUACAUAAAUAAGGGCCACAUGCAUAUGCGUAUAUAGACGGCUAUAAAGCUUGUGCAUAUGGUAGUAAGUUGGGUGUACUCGUCGCUUGUUUGUUUGUUUGUUUCUUUGUUCAAGUGCCUUUCGCCUGCUUGUAAGUGAGAAAAUCGUGUAUGUACAUAAAUAACUAUAGAUAACAGCAAUUAAUCAGAAAGCCAAAAGGUUUAUUUUCGUUGUAAGUGAGCAAAAAGGCCAGAUGGCCGAUUAAAAAACGAACUGUUCGAUCUAUGCAAAUGCAUAGCCACUAAUCGAAAAAGCGAAACUAAUCGAAAGACUUGAUGCAUAACAAAAUAUAUCUAUACUAACUUAUUGGUACUAUCAGAAAGUUGAAAAGAACAGCUAGUGUUUUCUUUUAUCUUUAAUCGUUGGUCGCUGUUGCUUAUUUAUUUGGUUUUGAAAUUGCUAAAUUUGCCUACAUAUGAGAAUAGAAAUUCGAGAAUACAUAAAAAAUAAACUAAACAUAGAGUGAUAAGAAACUUUAUACAUAUAAACAAUGAAUAAAAGCAAUUGUUAAUCAAGACACUAA